AACGGCUAUCUGGCCAGAGAACCCGCCCACGACCCACAUACAUAUGUACAUACGUGUGUGGCUCGAUUCCGCAGGGCGCACCUUUGAACUUCCGGAGGUCUGCAGCAGGCAGGAGGUGGAACAGCAGGGCGACUGGCGUGCUGGUCUAUCAGGCUAAGUGGAGCGCAGCGAUUCCAAUUGCAAAAUUGCACACUAAGGUGCAUAAAUUAGCCAGUCAGAGUCUGGCUGAAACUCAAACAGCGUGGAUUCCCCAGAGCAGCCAGUUAAUUAACGCGCCAUUUAACGCCCGCCACCAAGUGCCUCCAACAUUGUCGACCCUCCUUCCGGCCGUCGACGCACGCAAUCCCUCGCAUUUCCGCUGGACGCGUGCCCCAAAUUAAUUGCCCAGCACUUGGCACGUCAUGUAGCAAAUGCGCAAAUGAAUUAUGACUCGCAGUUGAUCCAAAAUCCCAGUUGUUUGGCAUUGACUCGGUUUCCGCUUGGCCGCAAUCCGCAGUCGUCAAUCUUGUGGAUCAACAGCGAUUAUGGCUGGGGCCCGUAAAAACUAUUAGCCAUUUCCCGCCACGCAGCACUACACCCACAUAUCAUAUCCCUCAGCCUUGACUGGCAAAUAUUUGAUGUAUGCAAAGCAAUACUGAGAACUGAAAAGUCUGGCAUUGAACUUGAAAUGUUUGCGCAGCGACGAAGGACGAACAGGCGGUCAUGUAAUACCGGAAUUAACCUUGAUAAGCCAGUCCGGUCGAGCUGCAAGUGCAGGCAAAAAGGAUUGCAUAUUAAUUGGCCUGCAAUUAGAGGCCAAACCCAGGCGACUUGUGGCCACAGCGUGAAUUGUAAUUACCUCGUCAAACGCAAAGCGAUUUACUCCACCUCCGCCGUAAAAGAGGCUUCCGUCCUUGAUUGCUGAUUUGCAGCUGCUACUCCGGAAGGGAACGCUAAGCGGCUGUUUCAGUCGUUCCAUCCUAAUGGUUGCAGGAAUUGUAAACGCCCAAAAGUGUCACUCUUAGUUUAAUCCAAUGCACUUUGCCAUCAUCACGGAGAGCAUCUUGGGUCUGCAGCUUUUAAGCCUGAAACGCCGGACCUCGUCCCUCAAGGACCAGGAGUCCUAUCAGUGCUCCUAUGGCCUGAAGACGCAACAGCAUCCGCUGAUCUCGCUGCUUCAGCACUCUAGUGCCAACAUGCACGAUGUGGCCAACAAGAUCAUUGGCAUUUGUCAGCACCACGACAAGGGCAUUCGGGACUACAGCAUAGAAUACCUGAGACCCGUGUUUCUUUACGUGCUUUGCAAUCCCCAAACGCUGCACGAUGUAAAGCCCAUUUGGACUUGUGUGCUAAAUCUCAGUGGAAAGCAACCGGAGGCGCGAGCUCUGAUGCAGGAGCUAUUGGCGUGGAGCAAGUUCAACAACGCGAACACUUGCCUGUGCACCAGCAUUCUGGUCAUUGAGGCCAUCGACCACUUUCUGCAGCGGGAGGACCACGCGCAGUCCAUUGAUUUGGGAAUCUAUCAAGCCUGUCUCAUCAAACAGCUUGCCAGUUACGGAAUCGAUCCGCGUCCAAGCCUGCAGUGCCUGCUCCGAGUGCUCCAUGCCACGCGCGAGCACACGAAGGACCACUACCAUGUCCUCUUGGUUCUUCUUGCCGAGGUUUUGCACGUUCUGUCCCCAUUUUACCUGGCGGAUCUGCUGCGCAUUAUCGUUUUCGUGGUGGUGCAGGAGCGCUGUGGCCAUGAAUACAUUCUGAACAUGUGUCUGGACGGAAUUAUUCAGUGGAUGUCUCAGACUGCAUUCAUACCCGCAGAAGGCCUGGCCUUGGCCCAUCAGAUAGUCGAAAGGGUGUUGGACACUGAGACUUCGGACCAGGAGGCAGAGGUAAUCUCCACCAAGCAAUUGAAGCCCGCCCAUAUGCGCAACUAUCACCCGGACAUUGCGAUCGCCUUCGAUUUGGCCACAUUGGUGGAGUCCUUCGACGCCUCCGACAACCAGGAUGUGUUUGCAUUUGUGGACGCCCUGAAUGUCAAGGCCAAUUCGGUAUUCUGCCAGCGCCUGCACCUCUUUCUGCGCGCGCUUUUCCUAUCGAAGAAGCCGCCUGUGGACUGCUGGUUCAAGAUCUACGAGGUCAUACUGCAAAUCGUUAAGGUCAACGAGGGCAUCGCCUACGAUUUCCUUAUGACAUACAUUUUCAAGCUCGCCCACGAAAACAAUCCUGAGCUGCAGCUGGAGCUGCUCAGAGGAUUGGCCAGCUUUGCAGUGUGCAAGGACAAUGUGCCCAUGAUACUUAACACCAUACGAAAUCUUUCCACCGAGAACGGCACAUUCUGCGUGGACCUAUAUGUGCGCCUAUGGCGAGUGGAGACGCGUACUUAUCCCUUCCUGCUGAAGCAGAUUGCCCAACCACUGCCGGACAAUGACAAACGCUGGGAGCUGCAGAUAGCCCGCACCCAUGCUAUGCGGGAGAUCUGUCAGGAGAAGCCCACUUUACAUGGCUCGGAGCUGCUCCCGCAUCUGAGCAACACCCUCAACCAUUCCUCCGAUGAGGCGGGUGAUCUGGCCACAUCCUUGGCCCUGGAUGCCAUAUACGCUUUGUGCGACAGUCACACCGUGAACAUUGCUUCCACCUGGCAGGCGCUGGGCAGUAAAUUUCGGAACGAGCUGCGUCCGCAGACGCUGAAGUCGCUGUACAGGCUCUUUGGUCUCGUACCGCUGCUGCAGACUCCCACCCUGGAGUACGAGAAGUUGGCGGAUGAUGCACUGGAGCAGCUGUGGCAAGCUAUUAGUCGGCCGGGCACGGAUGCUGCCCAGGUGCGGAAUGCCCUCGUUGCACUCAAGAACUACGAACCGGGAGUUACUUUAAACCUACGCCACAUUCCGGCUCAAUUUCGAUUUGAAAUCGUUGGAGGGGGAGUAGGAGCUGGAGGUCCCGGAGGUCGAGAAGUUGUGGAUCUGCAGCAGGAGACGGUGCCCGGUGAGGUGUGGGUGCAGCUACUGCAGAAGAUACGUCCGGAGUGCGGAGACGCCGCGGCGGACUUGAUUUCCCAUCACAUAGGCAGUGAGAUUGGCGCGUUUCGCAGCGGAGUCUACCGCCUGCCCGAGGGUAAGCCGGAGCCUCGGAAGCUCGUGGGCUUGUUUGCCACCAGUCCACUCCGGGCUGUGACCAACUACCUGGUGAGCCAAGCGCGCUUUGGAGAUUACGUCCCAGAACCGUAUGCCGUAACAUUCGCCCUGCGGUCGCUGUCGAAGAAGUUUCCCAAGCCCAUUCCGCCACUGGACUGGAGUUGCCUCACCAGCUUCUUCCACUUGUCCUUCGAUGCGCGCAGAUAUUGCAUCAUAAUUGCCAAGAAUCAGGCCGUUAAUUCGGGAACCGCCAAGCGUCUCCUGGAAAAUUUCCUGAUCGACUUUGAGCCCAACUGCUUCGAGGAGGAUCUGUUGCUCCUCUUUUCAUUGCUGCCAGAAAUUGCGAACAGUGUGAGCCUUCAGAUUCUGAAGAACUUUGCCGAGAAGGUGGCUGUCUACUGCUUCAAGGAAUCGCAGAUAAAUGACUUUGUUGAAGGAUGCUUGUUCGAAAAGUUUUUGGAAAGUGUCAAGUACAUCUUCUCCGGCAAGUGCGACAUACCCGAGGUGCUGGACGUUUUCACGCUGAUUGUUGAGCGUUACAUGGACUCUAUGAACCUGGACUCAAGGCUCUUCGAACGCUAUACGGAAGUGGUGGCCACACUGCAUCCGAAUGCCAUCGAUGGUCUAACGACGCCAGCCAAUUGGUGGGAGACGCCGGUGGGCAAGCUGAAGAAGGCCACCAUCAUUCGAUGCUAUUUGGUUUUGUACAACGACAAGCUUCCAAAUCCUCUCAAGUGGCUGACCCCCAUAAUAGAUGCCUAUGAGAAACGAGCGGAGGAGCGGCCUUUCUUCUACCGCCACCUGGCAGCCACUCUGUACGCUUUUGCCAGCGAUGAGCACUCCAGCAACUGGAUAGCGGAGAUGUUCCUGGAGAUCCAAAUGCUCUUGGCCGAGGCAUCCAACAAGGAGAAGGUGAACAGGGCGCUCUACCUGCUGGACAUCUUCAUCCUAGCCGUGGAUGUGCUCUCGGGCUGUGCCGUGCUGUUGGGCAGCGUGGAUGUGGUAGCCACGGACGACAAACAGCGACUGUCGCUGUUCCCGGAGAGCUUGCAGUACCUGUGCGAUCACAUCUUCUGGAAGGAUCAGGAGGCUAAGAUAUACGAAUUCCUCUUCAGUCUCUAUAAGCACGCGACCAUGCCGUCCUCCUAUGCCGAUGUCUUCAGGGAGGCCAUCAUCUGCUCCCGGAACAAACCCUAUUUUGAUAGCAAGGGCGUCUGGACCAAAUACGUAGGACUGCGUAACUGAACAGGACGACCACUCACCGCAUUUAGACCCUUCCGCCCACGCCUGAAGUGCACUUAAAUGGCUAGAACCAACCGCCUACCGUCAAUGUUAGUCAAUUUUUGAUAGCCAUCGCGAUUGUUACUUGUAUGUGUUUGAACUUUAACGUACAUUAAAUGCAUUUUU